AUGAAUAACGCAAACACCUAUUCUCCACUGUACAGCUCAUAUGAAAACAUUAACAUAUACAAACAGAACAAGCAACUGGGGGAUGAAGAUUAUGACACUUCUACGGCCAACAUAUCGUGCGACUCCAGGGGAAGAAUACUGAUAAAAGAUAUCGAAAAUGAUAAUAAAAACGUUCGAACGAAGAGCAACGGAAUGGCCAACACAACGCAUGGGGUGAAAAGUACGAACAAACAUGAAAAGCGAGAAGGCAUUCCUGCUGCCCAUGUGAGGAAGAAAUCCCCUUUCAUGGUCACAAAUAACCAGCAUGGAAAAAAUUCAAUUAAUGAUAAUAGCAUACCAACGAAGAAGUAUUUGCAUCCCAUUUCGGGGAUUCGAUAUGGAAAUGCUUUCAGAUCCAAGGACAGCAACAGCAUGAGCGAUCUCCGCCAUGGUUACCAUGGUUACAGAAAGGAGGGCACCUUGAACAGCAACGUCAAUUGUAGCGGCAGUCACUCCGCUAACCACCCUGCGAACUACAUCGCCAGCGCGCGUGUGCAGGGCGGCCCCCCUCCGAGCGGACCGCACAACGUGCCCAAUUAUAGCCCCCAAGGUAUAGCAAACGUAGCAAACAUGGCCAACAUGGCCAACAUGGCGAACAACUUCUCCUCCUACCAAAUGCACGACGCGAAGGAAAACAGAAACAUAUUUAAUCAGUUUAACAAAAAUAUAUACGAGCACUACAGCAGAAUAGUUCUGGAUGAGUACAACAGACAGGUGCAAAAUCACCGUAACGGAAAGCACCCAAAUGGGAAAUUUUCAUCAUACGAUAAUAGCUACCACCCAGCUGGCCAUCUCUAUGGCCACAGCCACAGUCACAGCCAUAACCACAACCACAACCAUGCCUUUUUUUCGAAUGCACGCGAACCAGUUAACUUCUACAGCAAUAAUAACAUUAAGCUGAAGAGCUACGUGCCGUAUGGUAACAGGGACUUACAGAAUGGCAGACCCCUACAUAACGGUUCUUUCAUUUUAAGUGGCGACGCACAGAAGUAUGCCACCCUGCAUAUGUUAAAUUCGACGCAAAACACAAAAGACGGGUCCAGAAAAAACGUUUUUAAAAUUUUCAACCGAAAAAAGGAAGCCAACAAGAAUUUAACCCCCUCCGUUAAUUCGUAUGACCAUCUGCCAAAUGUCCAGAAAGGACAAAGAAGAAGUUCAUCAUCCAUAAACAAAACAAACGUAAGUUCCACGUCCUUCGGAAGAAAAAUAUACCAAAAAAAUAAUAAUGAAACGGCUAGUUGGAAAAGAGAACCAAAUAAUAACGCCCUCAAUAAAAUUUACAAUUUUAUUUUUCCAUCCAGUGCUAAUAAGUCACAAAAUAGUUUUGAUUCCAAAUGUGAAGCAAAUAAAUUUGCCACCUCUCCAAGGGAUUCCUCACUUAACGAACCCUACCCUAGAUGCAGUAAUGCUCACCUGAUGUAUAGUAACUCUAAUCAAAACAGGGUGAUUAAUAUCGCAGGAUAUAACCUACCGGGUGGACAUAACGAUAGCGUCAUUCGAGAUUAUAACAAAUGGAACUACAGUAGUAGCAGUGCUAAUGCCUUUCCGAACAUCAGUUUUGCUUCCGCCAAAAAUACAGAUCAUUUGAAGUACACCUCUCCUGCAUUUAUCGCAAGGAGCGGGAAUGAAGUAGUGUCCCUUCGCCGAGAUUAUCAGUUUGCUAAGCUGUAUUAUGCGCACAAGGGAGGGGCUCCCAGUGGGGGAACUCCCAAUGGGGGAUCGCCCAGUGGAAACCCGCGAAUCAGCGCCGUUUCGCAAAAGAAUGCCCACCAGGACGACCGGCACAAGUACCACGAAAAGAUCGUCACCAAUAUUUAUCAGUUCACGGGUGGACUCGCGCACAAAGGGGGGAAUCAGAAAAAUGGGGAGGGUCCAAAGAGGGCUCCACAAGGUGGCCCCAAUAAUGACUCAAAUAAUGGCCCAAAUAAUUGCCCAAAUAAUUGCUUGAACAACCGCACUAGUAACCGCGCUAAUAAUGAUCCGCAAAGAAAGGCAGCGCCGCAAGAGGGCCCCCAUCUCGGCCACGUUCCCCAUUUGGACCUAUCCAAGGACAGUGCAAAAGGCGGAGAUUCGCCAAAUGUGCCCAUCGGCAGUGCGAAAGGAGGAGCUCCCCCUAAUGUGCCCCUCAACAGUAAGCAACACCAGUGGGGAAAAAAUAGCGCAGUCGAAUUGGCCCAAAAUAAGAACGCAACAAAUGAACCGAAGCAGCCUCGUUCCACGAAGGCCACCCACCCGAACAGCCACUCCAACACGGCGAUUGUAAAAAACGAACCCCCCAAGGGGGAACCGAUAAUGAGACCCCACAACAAUGUGGCGCACGCCGCGAGCGAUACCACCGAAAAGGUAAACCAAGUGUUCAAAGAACAGAUGAACAAUGCAUAUAGGAAAUCCAUCGCCACGGACAACAACUCCAUAAAAAUUAUAAGCGACCACGACAGGAAUAGCAGCAAACAGAAUAUAUACAACUACAGCACAGUGAUACAAAACAACUUCAUUAACAGCUCAGAUAAAGUGUCCAAAAUUUUAGUAGGAAUAAAAAAUGAAAACGGAACGCAAAACAAAAAUGAUACCAACCUGGAGUUUGUGAAUGUAAAUAAGUACAUAAAUAAUAUAUUCAAAACGAGCAACAGUAAUUAUGACCAUGCAGGUAAUAAAGAGGGUUUACUCAUUGGCCAGCACGGACAGGGCAACCUCACCUCGAAAAGCAACCCUUUCGGCGAAAUGAACAUUAGAGAGAAUGCCAAAUGGGGGAUGUCAAACCAGGAUGCCUUUAAACCCUACCAACAUUUCAACCCUAGUGAUGACUACCUAAUGAACAACGCACACCGCUUACGUGAACUUGAAAAAAAACAUGGAGUUAUAAGUAGCCCAAACCUAUUCGCAAAUGAUGGCAGCAGCGGAAUUAACGAAAACGCGAAGCAUUUAAUGAGGCAGUGCAUUUUGAAUAAAUUUCUCUAUGAGCAGAAAAAACAAGAACAUCAUGCGAAUGGUAGGAAGAACAGCAUCUCCAAUACGAUGCACCAUUUUAUGUACAAAAAUGAAAAGGCAUUCGAAUCGCUUCCAUUCUCAAGCGAUAAAGAAAACCCAAUUGUUAAACUGCUAAACAGGGCUAACCGAGAGGGGCCAACCGUCCAGGGUAAUGUAAACCUAAUUGAUGGCAACGCACACAUCGUCAGUAUGCUGAACAAAUUGCACAAUGUGAGAAGCGAGGAGGACUUGGCAGACAAGGUUAGAAGUAAUUUAGAGCACGUAAAACUUUCCCACCUUCCAAGCUUCACCAAAAAGGAAAUAAAUAAAUUUGUCGUGGGGAACACCAAUGAGAAUCACAAUGAGUACAUAAAGUCCAUCGCCUCUGCGGAGGACAAAGCGUAUGCCCCUCUAAAUGUUAAAGCGAACUAUCACGACGCUGCUUCUGUGAAGAGGCAGGCCGAUGGGGGGGAACAUUCUUCCCCCCAAAGUGCAGACGCACAUAACAUAUCGCUAAAAAAGGAGAAAAAAAAAAAAUUGGGAAAAAAAAAAAAAAGUCCAAAAAAUGUGCACUACGAUAUUGAUCAAAUACUGCAGCUAAAGUCGAAGGUCUACGAAGAAUUAAACACCUGCCUAAAAUGCAUUAACAGUUUAACCAAAAAUAAAAAACUAUUUGAGCAGCUAAAGAAGUAUAAGAAUAAGCUCGAUAAGAAGGCCCAAAUGGGGGAUGGCACCUCGGAGCGAAGUCGCUCGGAUCAGGCGGAAUCCUACUACACGAUGAAAAAUUCGUACCUCUCGUCCUUCCUCUGCAAUGAGAACACAAGCGGUGACGCGCAGGGGGUGCAUAGUGCCGCCGGCCUUGCUUCGGGGGGCUGCCUAACUAGUGUUGACUAUCUGGCCAGCGCGAAGAGCCCACCCAAGCCGCAGCCAAGCAGGGACAUUUCGAACGAAUCGGGCAACAACGAAACGGGCAACAACGAAACGGGCAACAACGCCACCGUUACCGCUCCCCCCAGUGAUGAGAAGAGCCAACUGAUAAAAGGGAACAGCCGAAUCGGUUUUGCUGCCCCCCCCCUCGAAGUUGACACCGGUAAAAAUUUCACCACAAAUAAGGCAUGCGCUACAGCAAAUAUGGCAUGCCCCGCAACCAAUAAGGAAUAUCCCGCAACAAAUAAGCAAUACCCCAAUCAGUUGCAUGCUAAACAAACCCGGGUGAACGACCCCGGAAGGAAAAAAGACAACGUGCAUUUCGACUUGUGCGAGAAAAACGUAUUCGAAAAGGAAGAAGAAAAAAAUUCCUACGUGAAGAACGGAGAAAGCAGAUAUUCGCUGUACGAGGAAGAACCCCCCAACGUGGGGAAGAAGAAGGCUCUCCUCGUUACACUAAAUUACAAUGGGCUGCUGGAAGGAUGUGUAAAUGACACCCUGGAAAUGUGCGAACAUUUAGUAGGGACAUUCAAAUUUAAUGAAUUGACACUUCUAAAUGAUUGCAACCUUUGCUACCGAAACUUCGUCGCUCAAAAGGCUAACAAAAGUAACAUCAUUAAUAACCUCUACGAAUUUGUGGUCAAUUCGAAUAAUGGAGAUAUUUUAUUUUUUUAUUUCUGCGGAUAUUCCAUCAAAAUAAUUGAUUCAAAAUUCUCACAGAAUAAUAACUUUGCAUUACUGCCAGAGGAUCACUCGAAAAAUAAUUACAUCUAUUCAAAUGAAGUUUUUAAUAUAAUUAAAAAGUUACAGGGAGGCAAACAAAUGUGCAUCAUUUUUGACACCACCUAUACUUCCUAUUUUGUCCCCACCUGUACCUCCAUCACGUAUAACAAGAGCAUUCACUCCAGUGAAAUUUCCAAAAAUGUUCAUUUAAUGAGCACAAAUAAGAAGCACGUCUAUUCUCUAAGAACCUUUGGAAAGAUAAGAGAUCGACACGUGGAACCCAUUUACGUCGAAAAUUUGAGGAAGCCCCUCUCCCACGAUUUGUAUAAACAGGAGGAGGAGAGGAAGCAAAAUGCAAAGGAUGUCCUGGUCCCCUCCAUCUUCUUCUUCUCCCCUGACGUCAGGGACCGGGGAGACUUUGAGCUCCUCAUCAAAAAUAGGGUUAGAGGCCUCCUAACCUACUGCCUCGGAAAGGCAGUCGCCGUGCUGAAGAAAGACUUCUCCUACCACGACCUGUUCAUCGUCGCGUCCCAACUGCUAGUCAACAUCAAGCGGGAGUACAAAUUGAAAUACGUAAAGUUUAAGCUGUCCUUCCUGAAUGACCACUCGCCGGAUGAUAUAAAAUUCCUCUCGCACGAAAGUCUGCUCCUUAGGAAAAAAGGAAAGCCGGAAGAAGAGCCCCUCUGGAAACCCUCCUUACGAUUAAACAACCUAAAUGAAUACAUGAAGGACAUUUGCAAAAUCAAGGAGAAAAAAACGCAGGCCAGUUUUUCCAAAAAGUGCCUGCUCAUCUUCAUAAAGGAUAUAAAAUUCUGCUCCCACGUCAAGGUGGACCCCUCCAUUGAGUACUUCGUCAGCUGCUUCGUCAAAAAUAAGGACCUGAACAUUCUGUACGUCAGGCGAAACAACACCAAGUGCCAGAAAAUCGUCAGGGACAAAAUUUUCUACCUGGAGUACAUUAUCCUGAAUGUGUCCGACAUGGACAACGCCAAAAUUUACGUGGAACUGUUCAAAAAGAAGAAGAAAAAUUACUUCCUCGCCAGGAGCGUAUUACGGAUAAGCAACACGAACGGAAAUUUCUCCCUAAUGGAUGAAAAGAAGAACAUAAUUGGCAUCAUCGAUUUGAGCAUUAAAUGCGUCUCUUAA